AUAACCAGAACUCUGCAUCCUACGAGAAGCCGAAUAGGAGUAUCACCGAGGAAAAAUGGACGGCAAGAGGCAGAUCAAGUUCAUGACUUACAACGUCUGGUGCCGCGAGGACGUUGUCGUCCACAGGAGGAUGAAGGCCAUCGGCGACCACGUUCGGGAACAUUCGCCGGACGUGAUUUUCUUCCAGGAGGUCACGCCGUACAUCAACUCGAUCUUCGAGAGCUUCGCAUGGUGGAAAUCCUACUACUGCUCACCGGUGCCCCCAGAAGAUCAAACGGGGAACCGCCACUUCUGCUUGAUGCUGAGCAAGCUUCGUCUGCAGGGCUACGCGCGCUGGAAGUUCGGCACUUCGCCGACGGGGAAGUGCUACCUGGAGGCCGACAUUACCCCUGGACCGGCUUCUUCAACGAAGCGGAUACACAUCGCCACGACCCAGCUCGAAUGCCCUGUGCCCCCGGAGUCGAUGCACCUCCGGGAGCGCUACAUGCAGGCAAAGCACGCGGUCUCCUCGUUGAGUAGCGCGGACAACGUUGUGCUCGGCGGCGACAUGAGCUGGGAUGAUGACGCCGACUUGCCAUUCCCCCUCCCCACUGGCUGGUGCGACGCCUGGGAAAAACGACACGUCGAACUGAGAGUUACAGGUACAGCGGUUGGACUUAUGAUAGUUUCUGGGUGGAAAACCUCGGGGAGUUCAAUGGCCACGUAGUCCAUGAACCAUGGACCAAGAAGCGGUCAGACCGAUUUGUGUGCAAGCUGCAAGACUACACGCUGAAGACAAUACAGCUGAUCGAUGGGGGUCAGGGUUUUGGAGGUAUUGGACCUUUUGGUAGUAUUCGUUAUACGAACUACAGGACGGGCAUCCUCUCAGACGUGGAGCUAAGGCCGAGUUGUCACCGCGGGUUGGUCCUCACAAUCGUCCCCAAAUAAACCUAAGUCAGUGUGCAAUGACAGUUAUGUCCACCUGAUCUGGAUAUCCUGAUGACACUGUUUGCUUCUUGUCUUGGAUGUCGCCAGCAUAUGCACAUUGGCAUCAAUCUGAAUGUUAUUAUUCCAAUAAACCAUAUGCAUGCAUUCUUGUUGG